GGAUAUAGUCGGAAAAGCUCAGCUCUCGCGAUAGCCGCUGUCUCCGCCCAGUCUCUGGGCGACGCCCUCGCCGCCCUGUCUUUUAUGGGCAGGCGUCCGCGGUUGAGGACUGGAGAGCUGGGUAUAUGGGAAACCCGACUCCAGGUCAGCUUUCUGAGGCCGAUGAUCUGCAUCUAUAACCAAACCCUCAGAGUGAUUGGCCUUCCUUGAGGUCCACCCCAGAAUCAUCGGUGGAGGACCUCUCUAUCCACAAAGCCAGGUCCAGAAGAACUCAGGAGGAUGCCCCUCUUCUUUCGGAAGCGGAAACCCAGUGAGGAGGCUCGGAAGCGCUUGGAGUACCAGAUGUGUCUGGCAAAAGAAGCCGGGGCAGAUGACAUUCUUGACAUCUCUAAAUGUGAACUCACUGAGAUCCCAUUUGGGGCUUUUGCAACAUGCAAAGUUCUACAGAAAAAGGUAUUGAUCGUGCAUACAAACCAUCUCACCUCCCUGCUGCCCAAAUCCUGCAACCUCUCGAGCCUUGCCACCAUCAAGGUUCUGGAUCUCCAUGACAACCAGCUGACAGCCCUUCCUGAUGACAUGGGGCAGCUGACAGCCCUGCAGGUAUUGAAUGUGGAAAGGAAUCAACUGAUGCAUCUGCCACGCUCUAUUGGGAACCUGCUUCAGCUCCAGACCCUUAAUGUGAAAGACAACAAGCUGAAGGAGCUUCCUGACACCCUGGGGGAGCUGCGAAGCCUGCGUACCCUCGACAUCAGUGAAAAUGAGAUUCAGAGGCUGCCCCAGAUGUUGGCGCACGUGAGGACCCUGGAGACGCUGAGCCUCGACGCCUUGUCCAUGGUCUAUCCCCCACCAGAGGUGUGUGGCGCCGGCACUGCGGCCGUACAGCAGUUCCUUUGCAAAGAGUCGGGCCUGGAGUACUACCCACCUUCUCAGUACCUACUGCCAGUCCUGGAGCAGGACGGAGCCGAGAACUGCCAGGACAGCCCCGAUGGACCCAUGAGCAGGUUCUCCAGGGAGGACGCCGAAUGGCAGAAUCGGUUCUCCGACUACGAGAAGAGAAAGGAGCAGAAGAUGCUGGAGAAGCUGGAGUUCGAACGGCGCCUAGACCUCGGGCAGCGGGAGCAUGCUGAGCUGCUGCAGCAGAGCCACAGCCACAAGGAUGAGAUCCUGCAGACGGUCAAGCAGGAGCAGACACGGCUAGAGCAGGGCCUGAGUGAGCGCCAGCGCUGCCUGGAUGCGGAGCGGCAGCAGCUGCAGGAGCAGCUGAAGCAGACAGAGCAGAGCAUCUCCAGCCGCAUUCAGAGACUGCUGCAGGACAAUCAGAGGCAAAAGAAGAGCUCUGAGAUUCUGAAAUCACUGGAAAAUGAGAGAAUAAGAAUGGAGCAGUUGAUGUCCAUAACCCAGGAAGAGACGGAGAACCUGAGGCAGCGUGAGAUCGCCUCCGCCAUGCAGCAGAUGCUGACUGAGAGCUGUAAGAGCCGGCUCAUCCAGAUGGCCUACGAGUCUCAGAGGCAGAGCCUGGCCCAGCAGGCCUGUUCCAGCAUGGCUGAAAUGGACAAGCGCUUCCAGCAGAUUCUGUCCUGGCAGCAGAUGGACCAGAACAAAGCCAUCAGCCAGAUCCUUCAGGAGAGUGUGAUGCAGAAGGCGGCAUUCGAGGCUCUCCAGAUGAAGAAAGAUCUGAUGCAUCGGCAGAUCAGGAACCAGAUUAGGCUAAUAGAAACUGAGUUACUGCAGCUGACACAGCUGGAGUUAAAGAGGAAGUCCCUGGACACAGAGACGCUUCAGGAGAUGGUCUCGGAGCAGCGCUGGGCACUGAGCAACCUGCUCCAGCAGCUCCUCAAAGAGAAGCAGCAGCGGGAAGAAGAACUGCGUGGCAUCCUGGCGGAAUUAGAAGCCAAGAGUGAAACGAAGCAGGAAAAUUACUGGCUCAUCCAAUACCAACGGCUCUUGAACCAGAAGCCUUUGUCCUUAAAGCUGCAGGAAGAAGGCAUGGAGCGGCAGCUGGUGGCCCUGCUGGUAGAGCUGUCUGCCGAGCACUACCUGCCCAUCUUCGCCCACCACCGCAUCUCACUGGACAUGCUGAGCCGAAUGAGCCCUGAGGACCUGGCUAAGGUGGGCGUCUCGGAAGCAGGCCUACAACACGAGAUCCUACGGAGAGCCCGGGACCUGCUGGAUGUGGCCAGGGUCCAACCAGAGCUGAAACUGCCCACGAAUGAGGUCCCUGGUGUCCUGGAGCCUUCUGCAGCCCCUGAGUCAGUGAGACCGUCAGCACCCCCGGCAGAGCUGAACAUGCCGACCUCGGAGUGCGUCGUGUGCCUGGAACGUGAGGCCCAGAUGGUCUUCCUCACCUGUGGCCACGUCUGCUGCUGCCAGCGGUGCUGCCAGCCGCUGCGCGCCUGCCCGCUGUGCCGCCAGGAGAUCGCCCAGUGCCUCCGGAUCUACCACAACAGCUGAGCGCACAGCCACCCACCAGCCCCGGCCCUCUCUUGCCACCAUCUUCACCCCUGCUGGACUCCACCUACCCACACUCCCCAGACUAGGGCAAGACUGCCAUAGGCCCCUUGCCACCACCUGCCACCCCUCCCCCCACUGCCAUGAGCUCUGGGCAGGCAGGUGGGGUAUUCCUAGCUAUUCGGAACAGUGAACGAGAGACGGGGCAGAUCUGCUGGUGAUGGAGCCUUGCGGGAUAGGGUCGAGGUCCAGGGUAUGGGGGUGGCCCUGCCACCAGCAGGACUCAGGAAUCCAUGUUACUAGCCCAAGCCUCAGUGCUACAGCCAGCACUCUGCUCCUUGUGGAGGCAGUCCAUAUCAGCGGAAUGCACCAGCCGUCCUGGCCUGAGGUAGGGCGAUAGCCCUGGGAAGGGGUGGGCUGUGCAGGACCACUCCGCCACCAUCUGGCCAGAGCUGGGCCAGAAGGAAGGCAGCAGAGACGUUACUCAGUGCAGAGGCAGGCAGCACCCUCUUCAACAGAGGGCAAGGGAACAGUCAGGGUGGGGCCUCAUUCAUAAACAGCUGUUACUCCUGGGAUGGCUUGUGUUCCCUGCAGUGAUUACCCUAGGUAAGGGGGCUGCCAGGCAGCUGAAGGCAUGUCAAAUCUGAGAUGGGGGUUCACCCCACCAGUAGCGAUGAGGGGUUCCAUGUGACAUGAUGCCCUUCUGCCCUCCUCAGGAUAAUGUAUAUGACCUAAAGCAUGUGCUCAGCAAAUGCUACCACUUGAUGGGCUCUGGGGCUCACCAGCCAGCCAGGCUGCCCUAAUGGGUGAGUUCCAGGCUCGUGAGAGACCUCAUCUCAAAACACAAGGUGGAUGAGAUCUGAGGUCCUUCGCCUUCAGCAUGUGACAUCACACAUGUACACACCUUGCAGGAACACAGAUCAGGGACCUAGCAGCUCAUGUGAUGAGCCCACGAAGGCCGAGUUGAGUGGGGUUCCUAGACACCCUUGGCCCAGGUCUCCCUGACCCCAGCAGCACAUGAGGAAACAGCAUUAAAUAAAGCAUUUAUUGAUGAGCAGAAGCUUA